UAUUGACCACUCAUCGGGGUGGAGCCCUUCUGGGAUCCAAUGGUUGUGUUGGAGAGGCGGGGCCAACCCCUGCUGCGGAUUUCCUGCUGUUCCCCUGCUUUUUCUCUCCCCUUUUGGUUGGCGCAUUUAGACAUUAUUUAGGGGCAUUUAUUACCCGUGUAUUGCUGCCCCUUGCUCCCAGCUUCUUCCCCCUUAUCGGCGCUUUCCUUCUCCAGGUGUAGGGUAGCUGCCCAAGCUCAUCUGAUCAGCUCAGCUUCAGGGUGGGAAGGGACCGCUCACUCCAGGGAAGAUGCCGGCUGUCUCUAAGGGUGACGGGAUGCGGGGACUGGCCGUGUUCAUCUCCGACAUCAGGAACUGUAAAAGUAAAGAAGCAGAAAUAAAAAGAAUCAACAAGGAAUUAGCGAAUAUCAGAUCAAAGUUUAAGGGUGACAAAGCACUCGAUGGCUACAGUAAGAAGAAAUACGUCUGUAAGCUGCUCUUUAUCUUCCUGCUGGGCCAUGAUAUCGACUUUGGGCACAUGGAAGCUGUGAACUUGCUGAGCUCCAAUAAAUACACAGAGAAACAGAUUGGCUACCUUUUCAUCUCCGUUCUUGUGAAUUCCAACAGCGAACUUAUUCGUCUCAUUAAUAACGCCAUCAAAAACGACCUGGCCAGCCGUAACCCUACUUUCAUGUGCCUGGCCCUGCACUGCAUUGCAAAUGUGGGGAGCAGAGAAAUGGCUGAAGCAUUUGCCUCUGAGAUCCCAAGGAUUCUGGUAGCCGGGGACACCAUGGACAGUGUAAAGCAGAGUGCAGCCCUUUGCUUAUUGAGGUUAUACAAAACGUCCCCGGAUCUUGUACCUAUGGGGGAAUGGACAUCUCGGGUUGUUCAUCUUCUUAAUGAUCAACACAUGGGAGUGGUUACAGCAGCUGUCAGUCUAAUCACCUGCCUCUGCCGCAAAAACCCAGAUGACUUCAAAACCUGCGUCUCUCUGGCGGUGUCUCGCCUAAGCCGGAUUGUCUCAUCGGCCUCCACAGACCUGCAGGAUUACACAUAUUACUUUGUACCUGCUCCCUGGCUCUCCGUAAAACUGCUGCGCCUUCUCCAGUGCUACCCACCUCCAGAGGAUGCUGCUGUGAAGGGCCGCCUAGUGGAGUGUCUUGAAACUAUCCUAAACAAAGCACAGGAGCCUCCCAAAUCCAAGAAAGUGCAACAUUCCAAUGCAAAGAAUGCUAUACUGUUUGAGGCCAUCAGCCUAAUUAUUCACUAUGACAGUGAACCUAAUUUGCUGGUGAGAGCCUGCAACCAGCUCGGCCAGUUCCUGCAGCACCGUGAGACCAACCUUCGUUACCUUGCGCUGGAGAGUAUGUGCACGCUGGCCAGUUCAGAAUUCUCACACGAGGCCGUCAAAACCCACAUUGAAACAGUCAUCAAUGCCCUAAAGACAGAGAGAGAUGUCAGUGUUCGACAGAGAGCAGCAGAUCUCCUUUAUGCCAUGUGCGACCGCACCAACGCCAAGCAGAUUGUAGCUGAGAUGCUCAGUUACCUGGAAACAGCCGACUACUCGAUUCGGGAAGAAAUUGUAUUGAAGGUUGCCAUCUUGGCUGAGAAAUAUGCUGUGGACUACAGCUGGUAUGUGGACACCAUCCUGAAUCUGAUCCGUAUAGCUGGGGAUUACGUUAGUGAAGAGGUCUGGUACCGCGUCAUCCAGAUCGUCAUUAACCGUGAUGAUGUACAAGGCUACGCCGCCAAAACAGUGUUUGAGGCUCUACAAGCACCUGCUUGCCAUGAAAACAUGGUGAAGGUGGGAGGAUAUAUCCUGGGCGAGUUUGGUAACCUUAUUGCUGGAGAUCCUCGGUCUAGUCCCCUUGUGCAGUUCAACCUGCUUCACUCCAAGUUCCAUCUGUGCAGCGUAUCAACCCGAGCCCUCCUCCUCUCAACCUACAUCAAAUUCAUAAACCUCUUCCCUGAGACCAAGACUACGAUUCAGGAUGUGCUGCGCUCGGACAGUCAGAUCAGAAAUGCCGACGUGGAACUGCAGCAGAGGGCCGUCGAAUAUUUGAAACUCAGCUCCAUCGCCAGUACAGAUGUGCUUGCAACAGUGUUGGAGGAGAUGCCUCCAUUCCCAGAACGGGAAUCCUCCAUCCUGGCGAAACUAAAGAAGAAGAAGGGACCAGGUGCUGUCAGUGAAUUAGAAGAAGGAAAGAAAGAUCAGAACUCUGAAAUUAAUGGAGGAGCGGAACCAACGCCAAGUACUGCCUCCACUCCUUCCCCGUCUGCUGAUCUUCUCGGGCUGCGAGCUGCCGCUGUCACAGGAUUGGCGGCACCGAGUGCCGGAAGCUUACUGGUUGAUGUAUUUUCAGACACACCUACGUCUUCAGCCUCUGUUGCCCCCGGGGCUGAAGAGAACUUCCUUAGCUCUGGUUCUGCUGCUUCCGAAGAUCCUGCUUUGCCUAUUGCUGAGGCUGAUGAGCUUCUAAACAAGUUUGUGUGCAAGAAUAAUGGAGUCCUGUUUGAAAACCAGCUCUUGCAGAUCGGAGUGAAAUCAGAAUUCCGACAGAACUUGGGGCGCAUGUAUCUCUUCUAUGGAAACAAAACAUCUGUACAGCUCCAGAGCUUUGCACCAACAGUUUCAUAUCCAGGAGAACUGCAGAACCAGCUUAACAUCCAGACUAAACCAGUAGACCCAGUCGUAGAAGGGGGUGCACAGGUACAGCAGGUGUUGAACACUGAGUGCUUGUCUGAUUUUGACGAAGUCCCUCUCAUUAAUAUUAAAUUCAGGUACGGAGGGACGUUACAGAACAUCACCUUAAAACUGCCAAUUACCAUCAACAAGUUCUUCCAGGCUACAGAAAUGCCAUCCCAGGACUUCUUCCAGCGCUGGAAGCAGCUCAGUCUCCCACAGCAAGAAGCACAGAAGAUUUUUAAAGCCAACCACCCCAUGGACUCUGAAGUCACUAAAGCAAAGCUUCUGGGCUUUGGCUCAGCGCUGUUAGAUAAAGUCGAUCCAAAUCCAGACAACUAUGUGGCAGCCGGCAUCAUCCAAACAAAAUCAAUCCAGGUGGGCUGCCUCCUGCGUCUAGAACCCAACAUCCAAGCCCAGAUGUAUCGUCUGACAUUGAGAACCAGCAAAGAAGCCGUAUCCAAGCACCUUUGUGAACUCUUGUCCAAGCAGUUUUAAGCCAACCCGAAUGUGUCCCCUGAAGGCAGUGAAGGAAACCUAAACACUACAUGGAGGGUGUCCCACCCAUCAAAGCAGUUGUGUGAGUCUGUGUGCAUGCGACCGCAAGGGUGGGGCCUCCCGGUGCCACGUCUAUGCAGUUUGUCUCAUUGUGUGUGUGUUUACUGCGUCCAGUGAAAUCAAAAAGACUUAGGACUUGUAUAAGAAACAAGAAAAGUCUAAUUAUUAAUAUUCUUAUUGUUAUAAGACGUGUGAUUGUUUUGUUGUUCAUGCUGUGACUGGGGUUCACGAGGCAACGCUCCCCCCCACCUCAGAUCUGUAGAGAGGCCGCCCCUCUUUCAUGCAGUCUCUUGAUAAGGGAUCUAAUUGUGAGCAUGCUGGCCAAAAUCCUGAUCAGUUUCUCACCUGUGGAAAUGCUGCUUUUUUUUGUUUUAGAAAAUAACUCUACAACCAGAAACAUAACGGACUCUACAAUGGGAAUAUGAAGGGAAAUGUAAUAUCUCCCCUAUGUCUGCAGUGGAAGGGCAACGUUGCUUUAUUGGCCAAUAGAAUCACUCGAGUCCUAUGGGUAAUUGCAGUGAUUUUACGCAGCAGCACCAGAAUACCGGCCGCUUAUGAAAUAAUUCCUUUAACUUGUUCUGUGGAUUAUUUCUCUGUCAUCUCAGAUGUGCAGAUUUGUUUUAAUUGAUAUCAUUUCUCUGUAAAGAGCUUAGAGUCGUGCAGAGGAUUUGUCGUGGGAAUGAAGCUGGCAGUGUAUCAUAUGCUCUUGUAAUGGCCCAAUGAGAAACUGGCCAGUUGAGAUCCAUAUUCAUCUGAGCUCCAACCAGAUGUGAGUUAGGAGGACAGCUCCUUUAUAGACCCAUAGACAGACCAGUAAGCUGCCAAUUAGCAGGUUCUGCCCAGUAAUAGAAAAUAUUUUAUAGGCAAUGAGUGCGGCUCCAUUGUACCCCUCAUUCACUGUAUUUGGAACCAGAGCCCUGAUGGUUCUUCCUUGAUUUCUCCUGCUUCGACCCCUCAUAAAUGGUGACUCUUGGACUGGCCCUGCUGAUUGUCACCCUUGUGCAACACUGUACAACCUUACUUUACUGCACAUUACUGGCCCUGGGACACACAAGAGAUCUUUGAGAAAAGGAAACAAGAUGGCCGCACACAGGUGCAACGUACCUCUGGCUGGUGAAAAACAGAAGAAAACAGAAGGGAUUCGAUUUACUGGUUUAUGCCUAACUAAUGAGCCCACGACAGGGACUGACUCUCACCCUAAACUCAUUUUUUGCAUCUUUUAUUGGUUAAAGCCCAUCCUGGUAUCUGUGAGGUUGGAUUCCAGAGCUGGAAAUGUGACUAAUGUGAUGUUAGAGCUGCGGUAGAUGUUAGAGCUGCAGUAGCAGUACUAGAUGUUAGAGCUGCAGUAGAUGUUAGAGCUGCAGUAGAAGCGGUAGAUGUUAGAGCUGCGGUAGAUGUUUGAGCAAAAGGUUUUCCCUUCCAGUAUGUGUUCUAAGGAACAAGCACAAGGCUGAUGAAGAACUUCCUUUCAGUGGUUUCAUAGUGAAUUACUACCAAUCAUUUUUAUUUCACUUUCAUUUUCAUUUUUAUUUUUUUUAACUUAUCAUUUUACUUCUAAAUAAGGAAGAUCCCAAUGCUAUUGAGUUACUCAAAGUAACCCCCCUCUUGUUGUACAUCCCUGAUAUGUCCUCGUUUUUACUUCUCUGGGGACCCUUCUAGGGCCCCUCUAUCCCAGCAGAAUUAUAUCUGUGCUGCAUUCUUAUAUGUUAUCAAUGGGAAAUCCUAGCGAGCAGUCCCUGCUAUUCAGCUUCAUUGGCCACAUACCCAGAGUAUAUUAUGCCCUGCCGCUAGAUCAUGUUCCUACUUGCUGCUUUUCAUGCAAUUAUAACACACAAGGGAGUCUAUGGGAGUUGCCAGCCUGCCAGAGAGACAAUGGCUGCUAAGGCAAAACUGCCCAUUAACACCUUCAUAGCAGCUCAGGGAAAUUAAUUCAAAAUGGAAAAUACAUGUACACUCGCCUCAUAGGGAAGCUGUAGUGUCUUUCAUAUGGGAAACUUUCCCUUGUCGUGUGUUUGUGUGCGGCUGUUAUUGUAUCCAACAUUCCAUGUGCCUCGUCCCAUCAUUCCAUGAUGUCCCCCAAUAUGCAUCUCUCUUAGGUCUCACUCUCCUCUCUACAAGGGGCUCUGUUUACUAAACUGAUCUCAGAACAAACCUUAAGUUACAAAAUCCAACCCGAAAUCCAUUCUGGGCAACCUGUGGCCUUUCCCAAUGGUUAACUACAUCUCUCAACAUCCUGAAAGUGCAGCGGUGGGAGUUAUAGUCAAAUGAUACUCGGAGGGGCUCAGGUUACUUCCGCCUUUAUUAACCAGAUGCAAGUGAUGACUUUUUUCCCUAGGGGGAGAUUCUUGACCUGACUUGCAAAUAUCACGCCUAUAUAUAUAUAUAUAUAUGGGUUUUUUAAUCAUUUUUUAUGUCUUUGGAAACGGUAGGCUGCCUGCCUGCCUUUGUAUAUAGGUAUAUAUAAAUAUAUAAAAUAUUAUAUAAAUGUUAAUGCAUAAUCCAGAGGUACAUAGAUACACAUGAAUUCAUCCCUCGGAACUCCGUCAUCUCAGAACUCAAUUACAUUCACAGCCCAGUAAAGUCGUCGCUCCUUCCCCACCGUCUCUCACCCCUGUCUGCAAUACCCAACUGUCACCUCUAGGUGUCAGCUCUUUGCUCACUGACAAUCCCACUGCAUAUACAGCACCAGGGCUUUGCUGCCAUCAUUAACCAUGGUACUUCAAUGAAUCUGAAUUCCCCAAAUCGGAGCAGACGGAAUGUUGUGUCGUCCAUUAUCCCUAUAAGAAGUUAUUGUCCUUGCGCUGGGCAGUGUUGUGGCGCUAUUGAAGUUAUUGUAUGAAGGGGAUCAUUUCUAUUUUACAGCUUAUUUUGUGUAUUUUUGGUUUUAUUUGCACUUGUCUCAGUUCUGGAGUGAGGUGGGCGCUGGUUAUGUUGUGUAGUGCACUGCUGGAAUAAAGUCCAUGUGAGAGGCAGUGGGUGAGUGAGUGGAACUUGCAGCCAAUGAUGGGGGGAGGGGGACUGCAAGGGCCCGGCGGCUGCCGAAUUACAAUUUCUAGGGUUGGAGUUGAGCAGAAGCCAGAGGGCCCCUCCGUUUUGGCUUGUCUCGUAGCUUGGUGCGUUGUGUAUCAUAUUAGACUUACGUAUUUUCUAUCUGUGUAUUUUAUAAACUGUAUCAUUCCCACCAAAAGCCCUGGAAUAAAAAAAAAAAGAAAAAGUUGA